ACAAAAAAAACCAAAGUAUUGUUUCCGCUUUAUUUUCCGCCCGGACGAUUAUCGGUGACGUACGAAACAUUUUGAGCUCAAGCUGCAAAAUCCAAAACCACACUUUGUGACGGUUUUGUGUUAAGAAUAUAUGAAAAGAUGGGCGAACAACCAGUAAGAGUGCUGGCCUGUGGAGACGUGGAGGGGAAGCUAAACGCUCUUUACAGUCGAGUGCAGGCCAUUCAGAAGAAGACAGGGCAGUUCGACCUGCUGUUGUGCGUCGGGGAGUUUUUUGGAACGACAGCAGAGGCUGAGGCCGAGUGGCAGCAGUACAAGAGUGGAGCAAAGAAAGUUCCCAUUCACACCUGCAUCCUCGGAGCAGCAAGUCAGGAAACGACAAAGAACUUUCCGAGCGCUGAUGGCUGUGAGCUGGUUGAAAAUAUCACAUAUUUGGGUCGUAAAGGUGUGUUCACAGGCGCAUCAGGCCUCCAGAUCGCCUACGUCAGCGGUCGUGAGGCACAGCAGGAACCAGCACAGUCUCACUGCUUCACAGCCAAGGAUCUGUACGCUCUGGUGGAGCCACUCACCAACAACUCCAAGUUCAGGGGCGUUGACAUCCUGCUGACGUCACAGUGGCCGCGAGGGGUGUGGCACUACGCUAACAACCCGGAAGUCCAAACACCAAACACCAAAUUUUGCGGCAGCAGCUCCAUUGCCAACUUGGCAGAUAAGCUGAAACCGCGAUACCACUUUGCUGCACUAGAAGGCGCUCAUUAUGAGAGACUGCCGUACAGGAAUCACAGUGUCCUGCAGGAAAAAGCUCAGCACGUCAGUCGAUUCAUCGCCCUGGCAACAGUCAACAACCCCGCCAAAAGAAAGUAUUUAUACGCCUUCAAUAUAAUCCCAAUGAAAACCAUGGAGCCUUUAGAGCUGGUGAAGCAGCCACAGGACGUGACAGAAAGUCCCUACAGACGCUCCGACAAAGACAAGACAGAGGCAUCCAAGACCAGCUUCGGCAGCAAUGAAGAGGAACCACCCAACCAGUUUUUUUUUGACCUGGGCAAAAAACAAGGGGGCGCUGGUCCAGGUCGUGGUAGGAAACGACAUCAAGACGGAGACGGACCAGGACAAGACCGACGCCAACCACAGGGACAGGCCAAACAGCCACGGCACCAUCCUCAGCCCACUGGACCCUGUUGGUUUUGUCUGGCCAGUCCACAGGUGGAGAAACAUCUAGUCAUCAGCAUCGGAGAGCAUUGUUACGUCGCUCUGGCCAAAGGUGGCCUGACGCCCCGCCAUGUCCUGAUCCUGCCCAUCGGUCACUAUCAGUCCGUGGUGGAUCUGAGCAGCGAGGUGGUGGAGGAGAUGAAGAAGUACAAGUCCGCUCUGCGGAGCUUCUACCAGAGCAAAGGAGAGCGAUGUGUUCUGUUUGAGAGGAACUACAGGAGCCAACACCUGCAGCUACAGGUUGUGCCAGUGCCUCUGGACCGCUGCACCACAGACGACAUCAAGGAUGCGUUCAUGGUCCAGGCUCAGGAGCAGCAGAUGGAGCUGAUGGAGAUCCCUGAACACACAGACCUCAAACAGAUUGCUCCUCCAGGGACACCGUACUUCUAUGUAGAGCUGGACACGGGGGAUAAGCUUUUCUAUCGCAUCAGGAAGCAUUUUCCUCUGCAGUUCGGAAGGGAGGUUCUGGCCAGUGAGGCAGUUCUGAACAUCCCAACCAAAGCAGAUUGGAAGGAAUGUAAACAGAGCAGAGAGGAAGAGGAGCAGGGCUGCAAACAGCUGAGAGACGACUUCCAGCCGUACGACUUUGCCUGGGAGGCCUGAGCAACGACACCGGACAAACCACUGCUGCAAAAAAGGCAGAAACCUUUGGGUUUUUGGACUCGGACCUUAGUGACUCGAGUCACUAAAUUGAAGAACACUGUUUUUAAACCUUUGCCUCAGCCCUUAAUGAUUAUUCAAGGGCUCAGGAUUUUAACCAAUUUCUGCAAACAACUGAAUAAAUUAGGCUUUUUAUUUUUAUUUUUUUAAGCAAAUCAACAGAACAAUUGUGUCAGUUGUUUAAUUUUUUAUUCCUGUAAAUGUUUGUAUUUUGUUAAUGCAACAAUAAAAUCUUAUUUGGACUGAA